AUGGCUGUUCGGGAGUUCAAAAGGGCUUGCAACUACAAUGGACAGCAGCACUUGGUGAAUAUGGUGCAAGACAUGGAGAAAGACCUGUUUUUGGUGGAUGCAUUGGCGCCGCUUCUGGCGGUGAAGUGUGGUGAAGAGCAGUCGCGAGGCGACUGGCGAAACAGAGUGCUUCAAAAGUUGGGUAUACUGGUAGAGAGAGAUGAACAGGGCAAUGAGUGGCUCUCGAGGACCAAGACGAGAGAGCUACUGAUGGUUUUAGGUAUUCAGGACGCAUUCCAAGAAUUUUUUGGCCAAGAACAGAAUUCGCAGCCGCACGACACGGAUGAGGACGAGGACGGGGACGAUGACCAGAAUGAACACCAUGAAGACGAAGACGGUAUCAAUCGCGAAACGAUGGCCGAGAAUGGGGAAGAUGAACGCCAGGGAUUGAAGAGGGAGGAUUCGGAGCACUUAGGAAAUCACAAACAGCAGCAACAGCAUCCGGCCCAUGUAGCUGGGAAUAGUCUUGCAAGGAUAGACGAAGAGCCUAUGGUAGGUGGUCUAGACCAGCAGAAAGACGGCGAUGAAGGGAGCGACCAGGGUUUGGAGGCGCCUGCCUUCGGUGCGGAACAGAUCCCCAAACGUGCGAUGCACGAUCAGCAAUUAGGGUCACCUUUGAAGAAACUCAAACCUGCAGAUAACUUUCCUUCCACAGAAUACGUGGCUACGCAUGACUUACACUUGCCCACCCCUCUGACUGUUCAAGCGGCAAAGAAGCCCCGCACUGACUACCAACCUGACGAUCGUGUUAAGUUGGAGCAUCUGUUGCAACAUGUCCUGUUUUCCGAGGGUCAGUCAGUUGAAUUUGAAACUGCACUUGCUAAUAUGGGGAUGAUUUAUCCACAUAACCAACUGGACCUGGAUAUUCCCAUCGAUGAACACGGCAACACGCCUUUGCAUUGGCUUUGUUCCGUAGCCAACGUGAGACUAUCAAAGGACUUGAUAAGAAACGGCGCCGAUAGAUUGUUAGGAGAUAAAUCGGGCGAGUCGGCUUUAGUGAAGGCAGUCAAAUCUGUCAAUAACUAUGACUCGGGUACAUUUGAAGAGCUGUUAAAUUACCUCUACCCUUGUCUAAUACUUCUGGAUGACAUGGGUAGAACUGUACUGCAUCAUAUUGUAAUUACAUCAGGUAUGCCAGGAUGUGCUGCUGCGGCCAAAUACUAUCUAGACAUUCUCAUGGGGUGGAUAGUCAAAAACCAAACUCGUAACGCGUCACCUGAGAGUGAUAUUAUAUUAUCUACUUUGGACCUGAAAUGGUUCAUAAGUUAUAUUCUCAACGCCCGAGAUAUAAACGGCGACACAUGUUUGAAUAUCGCCUCAAGGUUGGGCAACGUUUCGAUAGUCGAAGCUUUGUUGGAUUACGGUGCCGACCCCAGGAUUUCGAACAAUUCCGGCUUGCGGCCGGUUGACUUUGGCGCAGGCGCUACAAAACUCGAUACCUCACAGGCUUCUAAUGUGAGAGGCGAAGGACCCGCGUCCGCUGUGGGCCCUGAUCCUUCCGUACUGAUAAACAACAUUCAAUCGCUCAUCAAUACAAUAUCACAAGAUUACGAUAUGGAGGUAAGGCAACAUAAAGAUCAGCUUUCAAGGUUACAUGCAGAUCUUAACGCGCAACGAAAAGUUCUGGCAACUUCUAGAGAGAAGCUCGUCCAUGCUCGACAACUUCGCGACGAACACACCCAACUAACAGAGCAAAUAUCUAAUAUUCAGCAGGCGAUAGUUGAAGAGGAUGCCACCUUCAAAAAAGUUAGUGGCGAACUAGGAAUCGACGAUGAGUCUCUAGAAAUGGCUGAGUUUGAUGCUGACGAACCAUUUCGUAUCGACUUUAUUUAUGACUUUUUGGAAAAGAAGCUACAAUCUGAUUAUAAGGGUGAUUUAACGGAAAUGUUCGAAAAGACUUCAGUAGACAGCCUCAUGACACAAUUGACUAACGAAAAUUCGGGCCAUGAGGAGACUAUACCACCAGAGGUUCUUCUUCGAGCCAGAAUCAGUGCAUAUGAAAAGAAUGGGCAUAACUUGGACGACUCUCUGCGAAGUGUCCAAGAAAAACAAGCACACCUGGAAGGAAGGUUCAGAAGAGUUCUCUCCCUGUGCUUGAAAGUGGAAGAGGAUAAGGUAGAUGGAAUGCUUGACGGAUUACUACAGGCUAUUUCCACCGAGGACCCUGAUGAUUUUGACACUAGUGAGAUGCAAAAAUUUUUGAGCAAACAUGCGUGA